AAUGCAUAUGUUGUAACAAAUUGUUGUAGAAAACAUAAGUCUUCACAACUUAAGUAUGAAUUUGAUACCGUCUUACAUUAAGGCAAAGCUUCCUUACUAACUGGAAAAUAUAGCCCUAAAUAUAUGCUGUGCAUAUAUGGUAAAGGUGAGUAAAGAGCGAUAUUGUUUGGAAUUAUCAAAUAGAUAACAAAAUCACUUGAAGGACUACAAUAUUAACCACAAAUAUUGUGCCCAAAAUAUUUUUGUAGUAUUGGAUUAAUACAAUCGUUUGAACAAUGAUACUUUACUAUAGCUACUCUUGUUGUUUUGCUAUCCCUGUGAUCAGAAAUAGAUGAUCGAUAGGCUUCAGCAUAAUCACCAGAAUAUGGUGAAUAUGUGGUAGUAUUUCUGUAUAAUCUUUUUCAAAAAUGUUAGCACUUGA